GGAGCCGUGCUGUCGCCCCUGCAGAUGACCCCCCCCUGCCCUGCGAGCUCCGAGCUCGGCGGGAAGCACUACCGCCGGCGCUGGGGCUUCGGCGCGAUGGGUGCGCACACCGUGGCGUACGCCGACAAGGCUCGCAAGGAAUGCGUCCACCGUGCCGGGUGCACCUCUGGCUGCCUGGUCGUGCUCGUGGCCGCGACGUUCGCCAUCGCCCUUAUGGUCUGGGCCAUCGCGGACAACUUGCCCUUCCUGGACGCCGCACAGUUCUGGCGGCGGGCAGUGUCCGAGGCACACCUGCAGCGGGCGGUCCUGACGCUCGCGAAGGGGGGCGUGGCGAACCCGAGUGAGCCCACUGGCCCUCCCGCGGAAGCACGCCUCGCGGCGUAGGGGUGCCCGUGGCCACGCCGGGCGCGGCCUUCCCGUGUCGGCUGGCCGCCCGCGCUCGAGGCAGUAGGCGGCGGGCCUCGAUGGACUCAGGGGGG